AUGGUGUCCAACCGGACCAGACCGAAGUCGAUCUCCGCAGAGCGUCGCGACUACUACCUCAAGCAAGCGAACGGCCGCGAGCUCCUGGAAGGAGUGGAGAUUAUCCCAGGAGCGGAGGAGGCGACCGACGCAAAGAAAGGGUGGUACACUCUUAUGCAAAUGCUUCGUUUUUUUUCAUUCUUUUUGUUCAACAUCGCGGCUAUGUAUAUCGAGAAGGGCGUGUCAAACUUUGUGCGAUCAAUCUGUUCGUUGAUCCUCGCCCCGACGUCGGUGCCGUAG